AUGUCCUUCCGUCCUGGUAUUUCUGAUUUCUUCGAGCCUGUGAACCAGCAAAACCCCACCUCUAACAUUGGUGCGUACUACGCGAUCAAGGCAGAGGAAGCACGCAAGCACGUCAAGUAUCCCGAGUAUUUGGCCCCUACCAAAGCGGAAGAAAUUGGGAAAUACCGCCAAUUCACCAACCCCGACCACAAGAAAAACGACCGCGGUCAUUUUGGGGAUGCUCUGUUCAAGAACCUUUUCCCUAAGGGGAUCGAGGAGUUUAAGCACUUCGAUCUCAGCCCUGACUUGGGUACCGAGAUUGAUGAUGAAAAGUUUCAGAUCUCCAAGUUAGACUCGAAAGGUCGCGAUGACUUGGCUUUGUUCUUGGAAACUAGAGGGUUGGCAGUAUUCCGCCAACAAGAUUUCAGAGAUAAGGGCCCGCAAUUUGCCAAAGAGUUUGGUGAACACUAUGGCCCGCUUCACGUCCACCCGGUGAGCUUCUCUGCUGAGAACUACCCGGAGUUGUUCACCACUUUCAGACCUGCUGGCACGGCUGAAAGAUACGAGAAGAACUUCAGCGACACCACGGGGCUGCACUACUGGCACUCUGACAUCAGUUUCGAGCCUUACCCGUCGUCGUUCCUGUUCUUCGUCGCGCUCGAAGCGCCUCCUUCCGGUGGUGACACUGUGUUCAUCGACUUGAGAGAAGCUUACCGCAGAUUGAGUCCCACCAUCCAAAAGUUCUUCGAAACCUUAACGGUGAUCCACUCGAAUGUGUACCAAAACAAGAUUGCCAAGUACUCCGGCCAGCCUGCCAGAGUCAGUGGCGACUUGUUCACCAAACACCCCUUAGUGCGGGUGCACCCGGUGACGGGCGAGAAGCUGUUGUUCUUCUCGAGAGGGUUCAUCCAAAGGGUUGAUGGGGUUAAGAAGCAAGAGCUGGACUUCAUUCUUAACUUCUUGGUCGACCAUGUCUUGAGUAACCCCGAGUUCCAAGUGAGAGCAUUGCACCGCGGCGGAGACCUGAAGGCAGUGAUUGCUUGGGAUAACCGUUUCCUUUUGCACACGGCGACUUUGGACUUCUUGCGCCACAACACCGGCAACCGUCACCACUUUAGAAUCACGGUGUUGGGUGAAAGACCAUACAAUGACGUCAUUGGCGACGGUGAAGGCAAUAAGGAUGAUGACGAAAUCGUUAAGGAAGACGGGACCAUUACCCCUCCCGCCGAGCGUGAAUAA